AUGAACAAAGUGGAGGUUAACCCCAACUUGUGUCAUAAUUUGACCUACUUUAAAGCUUCCUUUUCGAAACGGGGACAAAUAAUUUCUCACAUUCAAUUAUGCUCGUACAUUUUUAUAGAUCUCAUGAAAGAGUACAGGAAAAUAGACGACAAUAUUAUGCUAAGAAUGAACACAACAAAUACACAUUCGGAGAAAGCGUGCGCACAAUUUUUUCAACAACUGGCUGAUGCCUAUUCUCAGAGAGAACAGAUUCUAGACAAAGGGCUAGAAGAGAAACAAAAGGCAUUGGAUGAUGACCCAUAUGACAGUGAUCUGAAGAAUCAGAUGUUUGUUGAUGAAUCUAAG